UUUUCACCCAUGCAAAAUACCCCUUCUUCUUUCUCUAGUUAUCAUCACCAUCCUUUAUCAAAGUUCCAUUCUUUUCAUCAUACUAUUUUGUUGCUGAAAAGAAAACAUCAUCAAUAAAAUAUCUUCUCUUCUAAGCUUUCUUUUUUAUGAAUUAAGGAACAAGAAUAACACAUAUACACAUUGACAUUUUAAGGAACAUAAGAACAUAAACAUAUACAUAUAUAUUUGUUGUGUUUGAAGGAAGAAUCUUAAUUAGUAGCAUUAUAUUAUGGCUACUAGAAGAUAUGCUUUUGGGAGGGUUGAUGAGGCAACACACCCUGAUUCCAUGAGGGCUACCUUAGCUGAAUUUGCAUCCACUUUCAUCUUUGUCUUUGCUGGAGAAGGCACUGGCCUUGCUCUAGAUAGGAUAUACAAGGAUGAAGCAUUCUCAGCUGGAGAACUGUUGUCACUUGCACUUGCACAUGCAUUUGCACUAUUUGCGGCGGUUUCUGCUAGCAUGCAUGUCUCCGGUGGUCAUGUCAACCCGGCGGUGACCUUCGGAGCUCUCAUCGGCGGCAGAAUCUCCGUCGUCCGUGCCAUCUAUUACUGGGUUGCUCAACUUCUAGGUUCUAUAGUGGCUUCCCUCUUGUUGAGGCUUGUCACCAACAACAUGAGACCAGGAGGGUUCCAUGUGACAUCAGGGCUUGGAGCAGGACAUGGGCUUAUACUUGAGAUAGUGAUGACAUUUGGGCUUAUGUACAUAGUAUAUGCCACUGCUAUUGAUCCCAAAAGGGGUUCUAUUGGAGCCAUUGCACCUUUGGCAAUUGGGCUCAUUGUUGGAGCAAACAUCCUUGUUGGAGGCCCAUUUGAUGGGGCCUGCAUGAACCCAGCGCUUGCUUUUGGGCCUUCCUUGGUGGGCUGGAGAUGGCACUACCACUGGAUCUAUUGGGUUGGCCCACUCAUUGGAGCAGCCAUUGCAGCAAUCAUGUAUGAGUACAUUAUCAUCCCAGUUGAGCCUCCUCAUACUCAUCAACCGUUGGCUCCUGAAGAUUACUAGCUACCUCUACCUCUGCCCUAAUAAUAAUGUAUCGGAAUAUUUUAAUUUUAAUGUAUGCUUUGUGUUUUUUUUUUUUUGGUUAAUUUUGUAGUGGGGUUUCUCUUUGUGUCUUGUGUAUGCAUUUUACU